CGCGUCGGGCAUAUCUCUGACCAGGGCCUUGUAGCUAUCUUGUACUAGAUCACCAACACGAUGUCGGACGCUGCCCGCACCAGCCAGCACCAUGUAGCACUGUACUUCGAUGACGGGAACGUCGUGCUCUCAGCUUUGUCACAGGAAGGACGACGCCAAUAUUUCCGCGUGCAUCAAUCCAUUCUGUCCAGGCACUCCCCAGUGCUUGCCGACUUAUUUGCAAUGCCUCCUCUGCAGUCAACGACGUCACAAACUGCUUUGGAAGAAACGUACGAUGGCGUCGUCCAUGUGCAGAUGCCAGACAGCGCGGAGGAUCUAGCGAGCUUUCUAGGCGUACUGUACGAUCCACUAGGAGCCGCGUACAAGCGCUUCAAUCCAAAUACACCCGUGCUCGUAGAAGGCACGCUCAAGCUCGCUACAAAAUACGAGUGCGACGCGCUCCGGGCGCGGAUCGUCGAGAACAUCGAGGCAGACUGGCCACAGACCCUCGCGCAGUGGGAUGCCCGCCGGGCAGAAUUCAUCCUCGCGCGGUCCGAACACACACAGCAGUUCACCGGCAAGGUGAACGGGCUCUACCUCGACGACCGCCUCCCGGAACCUGCGUCCGCCAUCCGCAUAGCCUCCGACUAUAACAUCCCGAGCAUCCUCCCUGCCGCGUUCUACCAGCUCGCGCUUCUCAGCACGGACGCCGACUGGGACGCGUACCGCGCGAACCCGGGCAAGAACCUGCGCUUCGGGGCGCGCUCCGCGCGGUGGCGGCUCCUUGAUACGCAUGACCUGCUACGACUCGUGCACGGCCAGCGGGAGCUCGCAGCGUACACGCGCAGCAUCGGAACGGACAUCUUCGGCAGGCGGUGUCAGCGCGGGAUUAAGAGCUGCACGAAGGCGCGCGCGGAGUGCUGGAGAUACUUCCAGGAGAACGCCCCCGUCUCGAUGGACGACCCUCUGGACAUCUUGUAUGACUGUUCGAGGCUCGACACCCUCUUCGAAGACGAUGUGCCGUGUGCGCAAUGUGUACAAGACAUCUCAACAAUGGCGGAGAGGAAAAGAAGGGAGCUGUGGAGAAGCCUGCCGGCCUUCUUCAACCUUGUUCGCACCGGUGUGGAAUGA